AUGGCACUUAAUUAUGAAACAUUAAUACGUGCUGCCAGUAAAUCACCUGAGCAACGAACAGUUACUGAAGUUAAUGAUUUUAUAGUUCCAUGGCUUAGACAAUCAUUAAAAAAGAAGCAAGGAAUAUUUCAAAAGAUUUCAGAUGAUGUUGUUAAUGAUAUAUGUAAGACAGUUGUGUUAGAACGACGUCCACCAUGGGAUAUAGUUAUUCGUCAAAAUGAUCCUGGUGACAAAUUUUAUAUUAUAUUACAAGGUUCAGUUAAUAUCUAUCGUCUUGAUGAUGAUAAUCCUAAACCAACGCAACCGACUUCUGAUAUCAACGUAGAAUUUGCUAAACUUCGUAAUGAACCUGAAAAUCGUGAUCUAUUUAUUACACAAAAUUUUGGCAAUUAUAUUGUUUCUUUAGCGGGUGGUCACGAUUUUGGUGAGCGCGCACUUAUUACAAAUGAGCCCCGAAGUGCAACUGUCAUGACAACCACAUCUACCGAUCUAUUAGUUGUUGAUCGAGAGGUUUUUAGUCGAACACUUAAGUCAGCACAUGAAAAAGAAUUACAAGAAAAGACGGAUUUUAUUAAUCGAAGUCCAUUAUUUUCUUCAUGGUCACCACGAUUAAAACGUCUUGUUAGUCUUAGUUUAGAACGAGGAAGAUUUGCGUAUGAUAGUGUACUUUAUAGACAAGGUGCACCUGCUCAUGCUGUUUAUUUUAUAUGGAGUGGUGAAGUUAAAACAAGUAUAGAUCCAUUACUUCAUUGGGUACAGUAUCCACAGCUUCUUCCACAAUCAGAUCCAAUGAAACAACGUGCUAUGGAUUUGUAUCUUCCAAUGUUGCAAUUAUCUCGUCCAUCAUAUCAUGUAGCAUCAACAGAAAGUUUCUCUAUAAAACGACGUUCAAUGACAUUUGCUGAAGCUGAAAAAGAGCGUGCUUAUCGAACUAUACAAGUUGCUUUAUUAAAUGCAGGUGAUAUGAUUGGUCUUGAAUCUUAUGUAUGUGAUCUACCGACAUAUAUGAAUUCUGCAAGAUGUACAGGACCAUGUGAUUUAUUUUAUAUUUUAAAACAUAAUUUUGUUCGUUUACAAAAACGUAAUGGUACACAAGGUAUUAGUGAGCGUUUAAGAGAAAUUGUUCUUCUCUCAUUACAAGCAUGUCCACUACGCAUCUUAAAUUUACCAUUAUUUAAAUCGUUAAAGAAACGACAAUUAGCGCCAGCAAUAAAUGAAGAUUAUCAAAAAUAUCACUCUAAACAAUCAUGGCUUUUACGUAUUCCUAAUAGAACUCAGUCUAGUUCUCGUCGAAUACGUUCAACAUUAAUUAAUACACCAACAUUAAGUCAUACAUCAUCGUUACGUGCACCGCGUCCAACACCGGUAAAAAAUGCAGAUGCAGUACAAUAUGUUGCAACUGAUAAUGCUAAUGUUAAUAAAGUUGAAGACCGUCUAAAACAGUGGCAUGCACAAAUUGGUGAAGAUUCUAAAACACAAAUAAGAUCAUUAACACGAUCUAACGCUAAACGUCCAGUUAGAAGCGCUGUAAUACGUUCAGCAUCAAUUGAAACAUCAAAACCACGAUCUCGUCCGACGGGUACUUCGUCAAGUAUUUCUAAUUAUGGUAAUGAAUCGGUUGUUCCUAUUGAACUUCUUACAGACCCCGGCGGGACAAUAAAUGAGCCUUUACGACCAUAUUCAAGUUACAUGCCUGCUUCUCACGCAACUAAUUUAUCUCAAUUACAAAUGUAUUCGAAACAAGAACGUUAUGAAGAUCUUCGUGCUUAUCUUAAGCAAGCAUGGAAAGUCUUUCGUAAACGACCUAUUCCAAGUGUUUACUGA